GAUGCUUUGCGAAACAAUAUGGCGGAACCCUGUCCACUUCUUGCUGUGAGAGGGUCUACUGGCCUGUCAUUGUUUGAAGGUCCACCAUCAUUGAAAGAACAUUCUGAUUUCCCAAAAGAUAUCAGUAACAAGUGUAAAGUGUGUGCAUACAGUUCAGAUGGUGCUUUGUUUGCUUGGUGUAAUGGACAAAGUGUUAUUAUAAUAGAAGUAGCGUCAUGUUCCCUUGUACAGAGGAUAAACAGACCAAAAACCAUAUUUUUAGAGUUUUCUCCAAAGAACAGUAUUCUUGCAACAUGGGAACCUUAUGUGGCAUCAAAGGAUAUUCCCGGUGGAAAUCCCAACUUGCAGCUCUGGAAUGUCAAAUCUGGUGAUCACAUCAAAGGAUUUGUUCAGAAAAGACAAGAUACUUGGUGUCCUCAGUGGUCAUCAGAUGAGAGUCUUUGUGCACGGAAUGUCAAUAAUGAAAUCCAUUUCUUUGAAGGCAAUAAUUUUGAUACAAUUGCUAAAAAACUUCACAUACAGAAAGUAUCUGACUUCCAGUUGUCUCCCGGUGAUAUGCCGUGCAAGGUUGCUGCGUAUGUACCAGGAUCUAAGGGUGCGCCUUCAUUUGUACGUAUAUUUAAAUAUCCUAACUUAGAGGGCCCUGGUGCUGCCCUAGCUAAUAAGAGUUUCUUCAAAGCCGACCGUGUCACAAUGUUAUGGAACAAACGAGGUCGUGAUUUACUUGUAAUAACUACAGUGGAUGUGGAUAAGACUGGUGCUUCAUAUUACGGUGAACAGACUCUGCAUUAUCUUUCUACCAAUGGAGAAACAUGUGCUGUGCCCUUAGCCAAGAAAGGACCCAUUUACAGUGUUGAUUGGAAUCCAAAUUCUUCAGAUUUUUGUGUUGUGUAUGGCUUCAUGCCUGCAAAAGCCACAUUAUAUAAUUUGAAAUGUGACCCAGUGUUUGAUUUUGGUACUGGACCAAGGAAUACAGUUUAUUUCAAUCCUCAGGGGAAUAUUAUUUGUCUUGCUGGAUUUGGUAAUCUGAGGGGUAACAUGGAAUUUUGGGAUCGCAAACAGUUGAAUAUGGUGAGCGAGAUGCAGGCCAGUGAUUCUACAUCUUUUGAGUGGUGUCCAGAUGGGGUUCAUAUCCUGACAUCAACAUGUGCUCCAAGACUCAGAGUUGGCAAUGGGUUCAAAAUCUGGAAUUACUCUGGUGCUCUUCUUUAUGAAACGACAAUAGAAGCCAAUGCUGAAUUGUGGGAAGCAAAAUGGCAGUCAUUCCCAGUAGAAGUAUUUCAAGAAAAGUCUACUAGAUCAGGGGGUCAUAGUGCUAUCAAAGUCUCCAAACCAGAACCAAAGCCAGCUGCUUAUCGGCCACCAGGAUUGAGAGGACAACCUCAAAGAAAAGCUGAUGGUUUGCAUGCUGAUGAUAAAGAGUUACCUCAGAAUAUGAAAACUCAAACCACAAAUCCAGAAGGUUUAUCCAAGACUGCAUUGAAAAAGAAAAAAAGAAAAGAAGCUAAAGUGAGGGCUCUGCAACAGGCUGAUCAUGUUGAUUCAAGGUCACAGGAACAGAAAGAUGCAAUUGCCAUGGCAACUUAUGUCACUGCUCCAAUUUCAAGUGGUGAUAAUAAUCCAGCUAAGGAAACAGAGAAUAGACUUAGAGCAGUAAAAAAGAAACUGAAUCAGAUAAGAAAGAUGAAGGAAGAACAGGCAUCUGGCAAGAAAAUGGAUCCUAAUCAGCUGAAGAAAAUAGCAUGUGAAGCGGAAUUACAGAAAGAACUAAAGAAGCUGCAGAUAUCAUAGCAAAUGUUUAUUUUAUGAAGAUGAAAUAAAACAACAUUUCAGUGUC